AUGCCGAUGGAGCCUCAACAACGCAACACAAUUUUAUACUUCAUUCUCGCGGUAGUCACCACGCUUGGGAACGCUGUGGUGGUGUUAGCGGUCUACAGGGACCCGUACAAACAACUGAGGAAAAACCUUGCCUCGUACCUUAUCGCGGGUCUAGCCGUCAGUAAUCUCGUGCUUGUUGUUGGAGAAAUCCUUCAAGCCGCGGGGAAUAUAAUUUACGGUAAAAACGCUUAUAACACACCCAGUGAUAAUGGUGGAACUUUAAAUGGAAGUUUGUUAGGAGCAGACAUAAGGGGGACCACGAACUACAGGCUGGAGAUCGCAUCGGAUUUCACUUUGUACUUCGCCAUGGCAACGUCAGUUUUGACCGUUCUUGUUCUUGCAACUGAAAGGCUCGUGGUGUUGAGGUUUGGGUACGAGCAACGGGUUACUAAAAAGCGUAUCAUUUUCUCCGUAUCCAUAGUUUGGUUCCUAUCAUUCGCACUCGCAGUCCCUCGGGCUGCAUUUGAAGAUGAAUACAAAUUUCGUGAACAAUUCAUCAUCGUCUUUGCGCUUAUAAUUCUACUCAUCAUCUUCAUCAACCUUUGGAUUUAUGCCAAUGUGAAGCGCGCAUGCUCUAUAACUGAACUACAGCCGCUUGCCCAUGGCAGGCUCAAUGCGUUACGCAUAAGAAAACGGAAUCGCGCCGCUGCUCGAACGAUAGCUUACAUCUUAGUUGCUCUAGUGACGUUGUGGACACCUACCAUCAUAACCGAAAUCUUUCUUUAUUUUCCUGGUUAUGAUUUAAAGAAUGAAUUAGUGGAAUUCAUAUAUCUUAUAGGGUGCGUAAAUGCCGCGGUCGACCCGGGGAUUUAUGCUUUUCGAACGCCAGUCUUCAGACGAGCACUUUCUGGCUUGCUCAAAAAGACAGACGAGCUCGUCAUGCAACAAGGGCGUUAUGUAACUUUAUAA